AGCUAAGGAUGCGGAGGCUGCCAAGGAUGCUCGUAUCCUUGAAUUGGAGGCCAAAAUGGCGGAACAAGCAUCGGUCACAGGCAAGCACCGUUCGUCAAGCCCCUCCUCCAGCAAGGCAACAUCAUCGCCUAACCACCAACGGUCCCGUCACGCAAGGUUGCGGCGUUUGACGGAAGGCCGAGGUCAAAAUCUACGCAACCAACACACAUCCAGCCAGGUGGCCCACUCCUCGCUGGAUGCUUACUUCAACUCUCUCCCUCCUGGUAACUACUUCAGCGAUGACUCACGCCAGAAGUCUCCUCGCGUUACCCUGGUCCUUUUUCAAAAUGUUCAGGGGCUCCCAUUUCCCAUGACACAUGAGAAACAGAAAGGGCUCUUCAAGUGUUGGACGGACAAGAGAGUGGGCAUUGCAUUGCUGGCUGAAGUUAACCUUCAAUGGUCAGCAGUGCCCAGAGGACAAAAGUGGUUUGAUCGGGUCAAGUCCUUCACUGACCAGGGACAUUUCUCUUCAGUGUCUUACUACGAACACUAG